AUGGAUAAGCCAGAAGAAAUUGCAUCAAGCGACCAAAACGCCAAAAAACUAUUCAUAUUUACCGAAUUUAACCGAGAUCGUAACGCGUGCAACGAGCUGGUUGACAUACUGACCAAAUGUGACCAGGAACACGCUGCCAAAGAGCUGGAACAGUACAACCAGUCCACUACACCUAUAGUCUACUCGUCCGACGUUGAAAUAAAGGUAAAAAACGCCGACACCUUGCGAUCGGGCGGCUCCCGAUUGUUCGUUAUGAGUGGCAACCCCCGGGGGCGGGCAUUAGUAUUUCUACAGCUGGAUGAGCUCAAAAAGGAGGCAGAUCGUUUUGACCACAUUUUCCAACAGUUAUACUUCUCGGUCGAUAUUUACGUGAACUACUCGUGCGACCAGAUUCUGGACACUCUAAAGAAGACCUCCCAACAGGAGUUCAAAAUGGAUGCUUUAAUAGUGAUGUUCAUCGGCCAUGGUCACAAUGGAAUAAUCCAGGGUAGUGGUCAUGGCCAGGAUGAGAUUCAUAUUAAGACACUCGUGGAUCAGUUUGAUGAGAGGAAUUGUAGGUACUACAUAACGAAGCCCAAGAUAUUUUUAUUUAGUUGCUGUCAGACUAUUGAUAUUCAAGAUGUACGCCACUCUGCUGAGUGGGAGUGGAUGGACGACACCACUCGCACCUAUAUAUUCCAUGCGUGGGCUCAGGUCCGUCCACUAACAACCCUAUAUCUAAGACUUCAGGUAUUCAGUCAUUGUAUUGCCAACUAUGCGUGCGACUACAAUUUGACACAAAUAUUCAACAAGACCUGUGAGGAAUUGAACCAGGCUGAUAUUCCAGAACGUCCGGAGUUGAAAAUGAAGACUGUGUUCAGGGACUUGUACUUUAACCCUGGUCUAUUUUAAUGAAUAUAAUUGCAAUUAUUGCUAGAAAUAAAGGAUUAUGU